AUGGUUCGACAGCGUCACAAGCCAACUUCAGAUACAGCCGCCACCGCCGCAGCGUCUGAGAGGCCAGCAAGAGCGCCGCGCGACGAGCCUAAGAUGACGAUGGAACCAGCCGCCGGUACCGAGCCAGCCGCGAGCAGCCAAUGGAGCACGCGAACGCAAUGGAUCUUCUUCGCGAUGGCCAGUGGUGUCUGCGCCGCGUUUAACGGCGCCUUUGCCAAAUUGACAACAACCGAUUUGACGACGAGUCUUUCCAAUGGCAUCUCAAACUUGAUCGGCCUGGCCGAGCACAAGAACAUUGUUGAAUAUGUCAUUCGAGCUAUGUUCUUCAUUUUGAACCUUGUGUUCAACGGCGUCAUGUGGUCGCUGUUCACUACAGCCUUGGCUAGAGGCACAUCGGCCACGCAAGUCUCUAUUAUGAAUACAUCGACCAACUUCAUCGUCACCGCGUUGCUGGGCAUUGCCGUCUUCUCCGAGAAGCUACCGCCGCUCUGGUGGGCCGGUGCCUCUCUUCUCGUGGUUGGCAAUGUCAUUACCGGACGCGAGAACGACGGUGAUGAAUCCGCGUCCGGGGAGGCUACUGUUGAGGCAGAGCCGCUUAUCAUGCUAGACGAAGACUAUGCCACGGGCAAUGCAGCCGAGGCAGCGUACAAGGAUGCGGAUGACUCGGAUGUUCCAGACCUGCCCAUGCAAUCAUAG